AUGCCCUUUGCGCAGCUCGUAAUCGGCUCGCCGGGCUCCGGCAAGUCGACCUACUGCAACGGCCUCUCGCACUUCCUCCCGCUCCUCUCGCGCCCCUGCUCCAUCAUCAACCUCGACCCGGCCAACGACUCGCUGCCCUACCCGUGCGCCAUCGACAUCAACCACCUCAUCUCGGUGCGCGACGUCAUGGCCGAGCUGCACCUGGGCCCCAACGCCGCCAUGCUCUACUGCAUCGAGUACCUCGAAACCAACCUCGACUGGCUCAUCGACCGACUCGGCGACGUCAUGAGCCACCAGAGGCAGGGCCGUCUCGUCCACACCGAGCCCACCAGCCACGACACCGCCACGACGACGACGACGACGACGACGACGACGACGCACACCACCAUCGACCCCGUUCCCGCCGGAUCCGAGUACCUCGUCUUUGAUCUGCCGGGGCAGGUCGAGCUGUCGACCAACCACCCGUCGCUGCGGCGCAUCCUCGGCGUCCUGGAAAAGCAGCUCCAGCUCCGCUUCGUCGCCGUACACAUGACCGACGCCACCCACAUCACCGACCCGUCGCGCUACGUCUCCCUCCUCCUCCUCGCCCUCCGCGCCAUGCUCGCCCUCGAACUGCCCCACGUAAACGUCCUCUCCAAGGUCGACCUCCUCGGACAGCACAGCCGCAGCAUCGGCGGACUCGAUCCCGUCGCUCGACGCCCUGGCCAGGAAGGCGACGACGAUGACGGCAGCGAUGCGGGCACCACAGGGAUGCAGGGCGGUCUGUCGGGCGACCUCGCCUUCAACCUCGACUUUUACACACAGGUCCAAGACCUCUCGUACCUCUACGACCUCCUCUUGCGCCCCUCGUCGUCGGGCUCGAGGAGAAGACGCGGGCCCUCCUCUGACGAUAACGACGACGACGACGACGAAGAGGAAGAGCCGCCGCUCCGGCGCGACGCGCGAUUCGCCGAGCUUAACCGGACCAUCUGCGAGCUGGUCGAGGAUUUCGGGCUGGUGCAGUUCGAGACGCUGGCCGUCGAGGAUCGGCGGAGCAUGUUCCGGCUGCUCCAGGUGCUCGACAAGGCCGUCGGCUACGUCUACGUCGGGCAGGGGGAAGAACCCUUCCCCGACGACGACGACGACGACGGUGGCGAGGGCGACGAGGAGAGGGGAGGGAGGUACGAGUCGGGAUCGGCGGCUGCCACGGCCGGGCUGGCGCUGUGGAAGCAGGGCGCAUCGGCGCGCGCCCUCUUCUCGACGGCGGAUCGAGGCGAUCCGCUCGGAUGGGGCGAUGCGCUCGAGGUGCAGGAGAGGUACGUCGACCACCGACACCUCUACGACGCCCACGAGCGCAAGCGCGACGACGAGGCGAGGGACAAGCUGUGGGAGCGCAGGGUGUGGGACGAGGUCAACAAGGUGUCAAGGCAGUCGUCGUCGUCGCACGACAACAAGGGCCAGCAGCCGCAGUAG